AUGAAUUACCCUGCCAUUCCAGCUCAGCGCUUUAUUGACCUGGAUGCCAUCACAUGCCAAUGUGUAGAGAUCCUGUGUGCUGGAAAUCCUAAUGUGUGGGGUCAUAGGGUUAUUGAAAUACUAGCUCAGGAUACUCUGAGUCAGCUAAGGCCAUUAGUAUUGGAACGAAUAUGCUCUGUACUUGGAGCCUACCUUAAUUCACCCCCUGUGGAAAGUGACGAAGUCUAUAGCACAGACAGAGGCUCUGUGUAUCAAAACUUUUUCCCCAAGGAGUUCAUACACAACCCACCCUUUGAGGUAACUGCAGACCCCUGGGGGCCAGCCGUCUCCCUCCCCCGGGACUCAGAUAACCAGACAGACACCCCCCUUUUCAACGCUACCCAGCAGCAGCAGCAGCAGCAGCAGCAACAGCAGCAGCAGCAGCAGCAGCAGCAGCAGCAGCAGCAGCAGCAGCAGCAGCAGCAGCAGCAGCAGCAGCAGCAGCAGCAGCAGCCUAUAUCUGAAACCUUCCUACAAAUUCCACCAGAACUGCAGGCCGAUUUUGACACUUGCAGUGCCUAUCUGGACGACUUUGAGUUGCACCCCGUUCAAGACACACUCCUAACGAGUCAGACAGACUCACCCCCUAGUCCUCGGGUCGAGGGUGAACCAUCAGCACAGAAUAUUCGAGGUGUCUAACUUCAAGAGACACCUAAAUUAAUA